UUGUUUCGGUUUAAUAUUUAUAUUAUGUAUUUCGAUUGUUUUGUUUCGGUGUAGAAUGGUUUCUUGUCUGGGUUGCCGUACCUGGUGCUAUGGUUUAUGCAAGUGUUUUCAAGUUGGUUUGCCGACUUCUUGCGUAAAAAUCAAUACCUAUCAACUCGGAGCACCAGAAAAAUUCUCAACACUGCAGGUCUUCUUUUACCGACAGUGUUUAUUGUGGGCGCUGGCUACACGGGCUGUGAUCACACACUUGCGGUUGUUCUGUUAACUCUGGCUGUCGGCAGUGCAGGGAUGACUAUGCCAGGGUAUAGUGUCAACCAUCUGGAUAUUGCACCAAAAUUUGCAGGGGUUCUUUUAGGAAUCACCAAUAGCUUGGCAACUAUUCCUGGAUUCUUAGCACCCAUUGUUGUGGGAGUCCUUACCAACCAUAAUGAAACAAGUGAGCAAUGGCGGAUCAUCUUUUUCAUGACUGCUGGAAUCCUUGUGACCGGGGCGGUCUUCUUCGCUGUUCUCGCUCAGGGCGAUGAGAUGUCGUGGGCUCGAAAAAAUGCCGAGUCAGGGAAGUGGACACAGAUAAUUCCUGAACCAGGCAACAUUCAAGGAGCAGAUUACUCACCUGUACACGGAAAAGAACAAUAGGAAUGAUACAUUCCUGUCGAGAAGAACCAGGGAGCAAUAUCUGGGUCAUAAUAUACCCCUCCCCUGCCUUAGUCACAUAAGCUGGAAAAUUCUGGUGGUGUGCCCAAUACGGUCAUGCUUUAACCUUAAGUGUAUGUAAACUCAUACCAAAAGCAUGACAGAACAAUUGAACAGUUAAUUUGCACUGUGUGAGCAGGAAAUUUUGCCAAAUGAUGUAUUAAAACUUAAAAAAUUGUACAAAUCCAAAUAUUUACUGACAAAAUAUCAUUAUUACAUGAAAUUAUUUUACCAUAUUACAAUAAAAUUUGCCAAAUGCUUUUUUAAUUUGACAUUUUAGAAUUUGUUAAGAAGACUAGUUUUAAUAUGGUGUGACCCAUUUUGUAAUUCUUUUUAAUGUGACAAAUUUUUAUCUGAAAUGAUUUUGUUUAAACAGUAUUUAUUUUUGUUUAUAUUGAGAUUGGUUAUUAGGUGUAACCUAUUGGUGGGGGUUUUUCAGUAAAUGGCCCAAAUCAUGAUUCAAUAUGUUGUGCUAUCCUACAAUGAAAUAUUUUGGUCAAACACAUCACUGUUUGGUUUGUGUUUGUGCUUAACUGUGUAGAGUAUUUCAGAUCUUUCAUUUCAAUCGAAAUUACACAAUGUGUCAAUUGGUUCGGCAAAUAAGGGUAAUUAUUAUUGGUGUGGCAAUUAAGGGUAAUUAUUAUUGGUGCGGCAAUUAAGGGUAAUUAUUAUUGGUGUGGCAAAUAAGGGUAAUUAUUAUUGGUGCGGCAAUUAAGGGUAAUUAUUAUUGGUUCGGGAAAUAAGGGUAAUUAUUUUUGGUGCGGCAAUUAAGGGUAAUUAUUAUUGGUGCGGGAAAUAAGGGUAAUUAUUAUUGGUGAGGCAAAUAAGGGUAAUUAUUAUUGGUGCGGGAAAUAAGGGUAAUUAUUAUUGGUGAGGCAAUUAAGGGUAAUUAUUGUUGGUGAGGCAAUUAAGGGUAAUUAUUGUUGGUGAGGCAAUUAAGGGUAAUUAUUGUUGGUGAGGCAAAUAAGGGUAAUUAUUAUUGGUGCGGCAAUUAAGGGUAAUUAUUAUUGGUUCGGCAAAUAAGGGUAAUUAUUGUUGGUGAAGCAAAUACGGGUAAUUAUUGUUGGUGAAGCAAAUAAGGGUAAUUAUUGUUGGUGAAGUAAAUAAGGGUAAUUAUUGUUGGUGCGGCAAAUAAGGGUAAUUAUUAUUGGUGCGGCAAUUAAGGGUAAUUAUUAUUGGUGCGGGAAAUAAGGGUAAUUAUUAUUGGUGAGGCAAUUAAGGGUAAUUAUUGUUGGUGAGGCAAAUAAGGGUAAUUAUUAUUGGUGCGGCAAUUAAGGGUAAUUAUUAUUGGUUCGGCAAAUAAGGGUAAUUAUUAUUGGUUCGGCAAAUAAGGGUAAUUAUUGUUGGUGCGGCAAAUAAGGGUAAUUAUUAUUGGUGAGGCAAAUAAGGGUAAUUAUUAUUGGUGCGGCAAAUAAGGGUAAUUAUUAUUGGUGCGGCAAAUAAGGGUAAUUAUUAUUGGUGAGGCAAAUAAGGGUAAUUAUUAUUGGUGCGGCAAAUAAGGGUAAUUAUUAUUGGUGAGGCAAAUAAGGGUAAUUAUUGUUGGUGAGGCAAAUAAGGGUAAUUAUUAUUGUUAAACAUUUCCAUUUGAAUUCUCACUGAAAGCAUCCCUUUGUUAUAAAAAUGUAUUGAACGUGUUUUAUGUUAAAAUGACUGGUUUGCCGACAAUUCAUUUCUCACUUUUGUAAAGAUUGGAUGUAAGUUCAAAAGUUACUGCAAUUUAUAUAAAUGUACUAUAUUGUUAUGCUUUUUCAAAUCUUGUUUAUAUCUCACGUUAUUUGGAUAUUAAGUCUUGAAAAAGGGGGGAAUUUUGUUUUAAAAAAUCAUGAUACAUUGAAUUUUCUCACAAAUAAUGAGUAUUUGUCAUUGAGGACUAAAAAGUGUAAUCUUUUUAAAUGUUAGUAAAACUUAAGAAAAUUAAGACAACACACAAAAUAUGUAUUGUCCAUAACCAUAUAAUAAUGUUUUACUAGAUCACAAUAAUUCUAUAUCCAUUUGUGGUUUACAAUUCUUUGAAACUUUGAAAAGUAAUAAAAUGUGAAGUGUGUAAAGGAUUUGAAAAUAAUACACACUGAAUAUGGAAUUGUAGUGUCUGUAAAUGUAGUUUCCGGAAAUUUUCACAAACCAUAAAUUUACAUACUUUAUUCAAAAAGCAUCAUUAUAAAUUUACAUACUUUAUUCAAAAGCACUGUUAUAAAUUUACAUACUUUAUUCAAAAAGCAUCAUUAUAAAUUUACAUACUUUAUUCAAAAGCAUUGUUAUAAAUUUACAUACUUUAUUCAAAAAGCAUCAUUAUAAAUUUACAUACAACUUGUUAAAAUAAGGCUACAACAUGAUCAAAUAAGAACACUCACAAAUAAUCUUGAUGUAUUUGUUAUUUUCAUCAAUCAUUCACAUCAGAAAAUAACAGCAGAACAUUCCUCAUGCCGAAAAUAAUUCUGAAUUUUAUCAAGUGCAUGUAUUUACCUAAUGUUAGUUUCUUAGACAGUUGAGUUCACAAUGAGACUGACAUAACACUGAAGAUAUAAUCCUACUAAUAACACACUACUAGCUAGGGGUGCUUUACAUGCAGCAUGUUUAUCUGUAAUGUCCGUAACCAAACAGUUAAUUUAGCAACUCUCUGGUAAAGUUCAUAAUGAGACUGAUCUAACACUGAAUAUAGAAUCCUACUAAGAACACACUACUAGCUAGGGGUGCUUUACAUGCAGCAUGUUUAUCUGUAAUGUCCGUAACCAAACAGUUAAUUUAGAAACUCUCUGGUAAAGUUCAUAAUGAGACUGAUCUAACACUGAAUAUAGAAUCCUACUAAGAACACACUACUAGCUAGGGGUGCUUUACAAACAGCUAUAAAUAUAAAACUGUGUGGUAUAAUCUAUUCGUCUACAAAUAGUGAUCACAGGUGAGUGGUAAUACCAGCAAGGCAUAUAGACAUGAAAUUAUUUUUUUAAUGAAAUGUUGUUACAUUUUACCAUUUAUGACGGGGUUUUUUUUAGGGUUUAAGCUGAAAUUUGAAAGUUUGUUUAAUGUUACGUCUUGUCUAAAAUUAGCUUUUUACAAAAAUGUCAUAUAUAUAUAUAUAUAUAUAUUAAACAAAUUAAGUUACAUUUAAACAGUUGACAAGUAGCAAGGCUAAUAUUUUGAAAAUAUAUUUGUUCAGAUUUACAGCUGCUGAAAUGGAAAUCAUCAUUUUAAAAUUGUAUUUUAUUUUUAAAUAUAGCACAUGUUGUUUAUUUUAUUUUAAAGACCCUUUUUAGUUACAUGUAUUUUCAAAGUGUGAAUGAUUGUUUUAAGUUUUAUAUAUAUAUAUAUUUUUUUUUUUUUCCCCCAGGGGGUAGGGUUUUUUAAUUGGUGUUAGCAAAGUUACCAUUUAUUUUAUGACUGUUUUAUGAAUAUUUUAAACUUAAAGAUGCACAUUAUUACUUUUUGACAGUACAUGCAUUUAUGUUUACAUGUUGUAUGUGCAUCAUGUUGUAUGCACAUCAUGUUGUAUGCGCAUCAUGUUCUAUGUGCAUCAUGUUGUAUGCGCAUCAUGUUCUAUGUGCAUCAUGUUCUAUGUGCAUCAUGUUGUAUGCACAUCAUUCUGUAUGUGCAUCAUGUUGUAUGUACAUCAUGUUCUAUGCACAUCAUGUAUGCACAUCAUGUUCUGUGUAUCAUGUUGUAUGUGCAUCAUGUUAUAUGCACAUCAUGUUGUAUUGACAUCAUGUUCUAUGCACAUCAUGUUCUAUGCACAUGUUGUAUGCACAUCAUGUUCUAUGUGCAUCAUGUUGUAUCAUGUUCUAUGUGCAUCAUGUUGUAUGCACAUCAUGUUCUAUGUGCAUCAUGUUGUAUCAUGUUCUAUGUGCAUCAUGUUGUAUGUGCAUCAUGUUGUAUGCACAUCAUGUUGUAUGUACAUCAUGGUUUUAUAUCUAGCAAGUACUCAGGGUUCUUUUGUGUUGUUGUUGCCCAUAAUGUCAUCUUACUCACACCACUACUUCAUGUUGUUUUCCUAUAUUGGUCAAGUUCCAACAUUUGUAUAUAGGCCAGGUGUAAAAUAACACAGUAUAAUGUACAUGUACCUUUAAAGUAGCACAAACAAAUUAUGUGAUUCAGUUUUAAUAGUUGGAACUGGUUAUGGUUUUAAGUCAUCUCGGCACAAUGGGAAGUUUAUUUUAUCUCUUAUAUCUUAUUACUGAUACACUAAAGCAAACAUGUUUUAUUAACAUUAGUUAAAUCUUAGGUGAAAUGAAUACUGUGUUCAUGCGUCAUACAUCCUGGCUAAUAAAUACCAUAAUUAUAUCAGUUGGAGAAAGUGCAAUACGAUUGUAGUGUCCAUAACCUCAGAGUGAAAAAGAAACAGACUAAUGUCAUGACCAUGUAUUUAGAAUUACAAUGUUUAUUGAUACAUUUUCUAACAGAAAUGAUGUAUACACAAUUUUCUGGAUACAGCAUUCCAAAAUAAUAAAUUAUGGUGAAGAUGUUUAAAUUUUAUUAAGGAUUAUUAUACAUUUGUUUGUUGGAAUAUAUUAAAAUAAGUUGAUAAACAA